AGAUAUGUUGCAACAGUUGCAUUUGCAAAGGCUCGAAGGGAGUGUACGGAGCGCCAGGCAUACCAGGAUUGCAAGGAUCAACAGGCAUACCUGGAGAUACUGGCAAUGAAGGACCGCAGGGACGCACAGGCGCCCCAGGAGACUACGGAGAGCACGGUGCCGAGGGAGAAAAAGGCCUUCGUGGCACUAUGGGCAUGCCAGGAUUCACGGGCACGGCUGGCAUCCCUGGCUUGCCCGGGAAGGAAGGCGAGGGGGGGGAGAGAGGAGUGCCAGGAUGCGACGGCUUCGACGGAGGGCCUGGAGUGCCUGGGUAUGCCGGGGGCCCUGGGGGCAGAGGGCCACCAGGUCCGCCUGGUCUCAGAGGACCUGUCGGCGAAACAGGAGACGGAGGCAUCAACUCGAAGGGCAUCAAAGGUGACCAGGGCAUACCAGGUCGAUCAGGACCUGUGGGGUACAGAGGCCCCGUCGGCCCACCAGGUCCUAGGGGAGACUAUGGUAUUCCGGGUUUCCAGGGCACCCCAGGAGACGAAGGCUACGGAGGCCCACCUGGUGACCCCGGCGACAUGCCCCCCGCCCACCCCGAGGUCAAGGGACCCCCAGGCGAAAGGGGCGAUCCGGGAUGGGUCCAGCAAGUGAUCAAAUCGCCCUACGGUCCCUCAGGGACGCCAGGCUUCUUAGGGAACCCAGGCUUACCCGGCGCUCCUGGAACCGUCGGGUAUGCGGGUACUUUAGGGGAAAAGGGGUUUAAGGGACAACGUGGAAGCGACGGGCAGAAGGGCAAGACAGGGCGGCCAGGGCAGGUCGGUCCCUUAGGAGCAAAGGGGUUUAAGGGCGCCCCUGGCAUGGCUGGUUUCCCCGGACGGAAAGGAGACAGGGGAGACGGAGGACAACCAGGCUUAGACGGUCGUCCUGGUCUGGUUGGCGACAUUGGUCUUCCUGGCAUAUACGAUCCGUCGGAUUCGACUAUUUAUAGAGGCCCGCCCGGCCCUCAGGGCUUCGCGGGCAUCCCAGGCCUCCCGGGAGAAGACGGCUACGACGGGCGGCCCGGAGGACUCGGCUUCAGGGGCCCCCCGGGGCUGCCAGGGCCCGGGGGGGAGGACGGCGGGCCGGGCUCCCUCGGCAGGGCGGAGAAGGGCGCCCACGGGGAUGACGGUCUCGCAGGUCUGAUCGGUGCUCCAGGUCGCCGCGGCUUCAGAGGAGGACCAGGGAUACCAGGUCGGAAAGGCAUACCUGGUGACCCGUCCUUUGGCAAGAAGGGACUCGAUGGGAGACCUGGGAGACCUGGGAGCAAUGGCGUCGCAGGUGCUAUAGGGUUUCCUGGUCCUGAAGGUCCCAAAGGAUUCCCCGGACGAGGACGCCCCAUCCCUGGCCCUAAGGGAAGCAAGGGUAUUAUGGGACCUGCAGGAGAACCGGGCCUUAUGGGAGCCAACGGCAGGAACGCCUUCGAUGGGUUGAAGGGGCAGAAGGGAGACAGGUGUAUCCCGAGAGAGCGCUCCCCCUGUGAACCUGGCGCCGACGGAGACUUCGGGCGACAAGGGAACCCGGGAAUCCCAGGUUUACUAGGCUUACCUGGUCCUCGUGGCCCCAAGGGAGCUCCUGGUAACAUAGGCCUACCUGGUAUUCGUGGUAUCAACGGGGUACCUGGAUCGUAUGGUCUCUCCGGCGCCCAAGGCUGGAAGGGCGAAGAGGGUGAUCUCCUGCCAGGGCCAUUUGUCAAAGGCAGAGUUGGUGACGAUGGCCUACCAGGACCCCCAGGUUCCUACGGUCAGAAGGGAGAGCCUGGCUUCGACGGGCGACCUGGUCUCGACGGCAGGGCGGGGACGAAGGGCAACCAAGGCGAAGACGGCCUGACGGGCAUCAACGGGCUCCCAGGACGCAACGGCUUCAGUCCUCCCAAAGGCGUCCCCAUCCCGGGCGACAACGGCCGGAAAGGCGCGAGGGGAGACCGCGGCGACCACGGCCUACCAGGGGAACCAGGUCAGGUCAUCGGCAUAGGAGGCCUCAAGUACCCACUCCUGGUCAAGGGGGACGAUGGAGAACCAGGACCCCCUGGUCAACCUGGCCUGGGAGGCCUCCCCGGCCCCGCAGGUCCCAGGGGAAGACCAGGCCCCGAUGGUCCCCUGGGGCGUGGAGUGCCAGGUAUUCAGGGCCUGAAGGGGUACCCUGGCAGCCCUGGGGACAUGGGACGCGUCGGCAGGAAAGGCGAGCCCGGGUAUAAUGGAAAUCCUGGAUUGGAUGGCCUCCCGGGCACGAAAGGCGAGCUUGGCGAGGACGGGCGCAGCGGAGACUCAGGACGGCGUGGUGACCUCGGCCUACCAGGGUCAAAGGGCGAGCCAGGAUUGCCAGGAGUCGCCGGCAGGAAAGGCUAUGACGGGCGGCCGGGAGCCCCAGGACGCGACGGAGGCAAGGGCGCCCCCGGAGCCAUGGGCGUCUCGGGAUACAAGGGCACGAAAGGCGAGGAGGGCGAACGCCGCCGAGGUCAACCUGGCGUCGCAGGUCAACAGGGCAUGCCAGGAUUUCCAGGUCAACCGGGUAUCAUCGGCCUCCCAGGUCAGGCAGGUCGCCCAGGGGGUAGAGGUGACCCGGGCAUACGAGGCGACGAGGGCAGGUCAGGUCAAGAGGGCCAGACAGGUCGACCCGGCUUACCAGGUCGUCCUGGCGGUGGAGGUCGACCUGGAAUAGCCGGUUUCAGAGGAUUGAAAGGAGAGGAGGGAUUAAUGGGCAUUCCAGGUAAGUGGAGAGAGAGAGAGAGAGGCCAGAAGGGCUUCGUGGGCAACCCCGGUCUGCGCGGCGCCCCCGGUGACAACGGCACCCACGCGGGCCACGGCGACCGAGGAUUCCCAGGACUCCCCGGCGAUUCAGGGAUCCCCGGCUUACCAGGCCCUAGGGGACUGGUAGGGACCCCAGGGGAGGAGGGACAGGGACUCCCCGGACCCCAGGGACGCGUCGGCCUCGUCGGGGAGAGAGGACGACCCGGCCUGCCAGGGAUUAAUGGCAAGAAGGGCGAAAUGGGCACCAUGGGACUCCCAGGAACGGCCGGCAUACGAGGCGACCCCGGAGAGGCAGGCGCACCAGGACCGCACGGUGGAGAGUUAGUGGGACCUCGAGGACCAGAUGGCAGGAUCGGCCUCAAGGGACAGCCGGGAGACGCUGGAAGGUUUGGCAUUGCAGGACCCCCAGGCGACCCCGGUCUGCAGGGGACCAACGGGAACCCGGGUCCUAAGGGGUACCCAGGACGCCCCGGGGAGAGAGGGCCCCCUGGACCGACUGUGGGAGGAACCCCGGCCGAGGCAGGAGACCCCGGGAGGAGGGGAUUGGUCGGGGACAGGGGAUUCGACGGAUUACCUGGACAGAGAGGGGUUAAGGUAGGAUUUGUGGCGAUUUUUUAAGGAUUUUUUUAGGAU